CCGCAAAGCACGGCUACAUAGAGGUGGGCGGACCCCCCUGUGCCCCCCCCUCCAAAAAAAUAAAUAAAAAAUGUCACAAACUCCUAAAAUUCAUAUCAGAUGCUCCACGAUCAUCCCUAUAAAAUAGGAGCAGCUCUUUUUUUGUUUUUUUCUUUUCUUUUAGUGAUAAAGUUGACAUCAUCUUUUCAGCAGCACCACUAGACGACCAUGUGCGCACUGUGCUGGCACCUUUUGAAACGCGACUGUUUACAUCCUGGAUUCUUACAUAAGUCGCCGAAAAUGCGGUUUUCAGGCUACACUGCAGCUGCGGAGCUGUGAGCGAGUCUGCGACCACACGAGUGCGAGUGAGGUAAUAAAAAAAUAAUAAAAAAAUAAAAAUAAAAAAUAAAGAUGAUUCUUCUUUUCUAUAGGUGUCGGGGAGCUUGAUUUGGGAUGCCACAGGCUCGGGAACCUGAGACGGAAUGGUACAACGGGAGGGCGGCUCGUUUUGUCUCGGCGAGGAGGGGAGCUGUGUAAACCAGACUGGGUGGAGCAACACAUCGCCCGCCCCAUCUAUCGUGCAGACGGCCUUGUGUCCCGUUUGCCUGGAGCUCGGAGAGAGACUACUGUACUGAAAGUCUGGCGGAUAGAGAGAGAGGGGGCCGGUCUAUGGGAGGGACUAGCGCAAAGGGGGGAAUUGGAAGGAGGAGGGGGCGAGGAGGAGGCGGCACGGGUGCUGUUUCUCCAGUCUCUUUCCCCUGUCUUUGUCUCACACACUCUUUUGUUAGCCAUGCCUAGCCUGCUGGUUCUAGCAGGGAUCAUGGAGAAAAAUGGGGGCUACGCCGGGGAUCUGGCCGGCUCCGGCUUCGGAGGCGAAGGUCUCCUUGUGCCGCCCGACGAGGAGGAAGACGACUCCCGUGCCCUCAGGGUCGCGCUGGGCCAGUUGUCUCUGCUGGGGCUCGGGGAAGGCGAGGACGGCGGCGGAGCCCCAACAACAGGAGUACAGGACCGGAGUAACAAUAACAACAACCACCACAACCACACCAACAACGUCGGAGGUGGUGGGGACACGGCGAUCCUGCAAGGGAAAAGCAAGUUGUGCGCCCUGUACGAGAGCUCCUCAAGUGAGACGAAAGGACGAGGCUGCAACAUAACAGAAUGCGUCCCAGUGCCCAGCUCUGAACAUGUGGCCGAAAUAGUGGGGAGACAAGGUUGCAAGAUCAAAGCCCUGCGGGCCAAGACCAACACCUACAUCAAAACCCCCGUUAGAGGAGAGGAGCCCGUGUUUUUAAUCACUGGCCGGAAGGAGGAUGUUGCACUGGCCCGCCGUGAAAUCAUCUCAGCUGCAGAGCACUUCUCCAUGCUGCGGGCAUCGCGCAACAAGCUGGGAGUGUCCUUUAGCGGCUCCCCGCCCACACCUUUGCCAGGUCAGACCACCAUUCAGGUGAGAGUGCCAUACCGUGUGGUGGGGCUGGUCGUGGGGCCUAAAGGCUCCACCAUCAAGCGCAUCCAGCAGCAAACCUGCACUUACAUCGUCACUCCCAGUCGAGACCGUGACCCCGUCUUUGAAAUCACGGGGUCACCGAGCAACGCCGAGCGGGCCCGCGAGGAGAUCGAAGCACACAUUGCCUUCCGAACAGGAGGCCUGCACGACCACAAUAAUGAGAAUGACUGUCUGGGGCCGAAUGGUGGAAGCAGCCCAGCGGGCAGCAGCGGUGGUCUGGAGAGCCGGCUACAGCAGGUGUGGGGGCUGCAGGGGGGCCAGCGCAAGCCUCUCACCAGCAGCUACCGCCAGAACUUCUCUGAUGCCAUGGUUGGAGGGGGAGGGGGAGGAGGAGGCGAGGGAGGGGGAAUCUACAACAAGAGCAACUUCUCCAGCUCCGGAGAGAAGCCUUGCUCUUAUUUUGGAUCGGAUGGUACCCAGAGCUGGGGCGACCCCGACUACCCCAAACAGGUGGCCUUCUACGCCCAGCAGCGGUCCAAGAGCUUCGGAGGCCUCCCGCUCCCCCUGACCAGACUCUCCCCUGGUUUACCCGAGUCCUGCGGAGGCGGGAGCACCAACAACUCCUCAGUCACCAGCAUUGUGCCCGUAUCCGGCUCACCUCAUGCCCAGGCCCGCCGCGCCCACAGUGAGCCCACCUCAGCCGGCGAGGGCUUCCCAGGCCGUCUGCCAGUGCCGGACUCGCCACCGGCCACUGUGCGGGACUGCAUGACCUGCUUUGAAAGCAAAGUGACGGCUGCCUUGGUGCCCUGUGGCCAUAACCUCUUCUGCAUGGAGUGUGCCAUCCGAAUCUGUGAGCUCAACCACCCGGAGUGCCCAGUGUGCCACACCCAGGUCACACAGGCCAUCCGAAUAUUCUCUUAAGGAACCACAUCAGUUUUUAUCAUUA